AUGCCCUCAUCUGCAAUGGAGGACGGAGAAAACUACUCCAGCCUGCAGGAGAUCACAGAGGAGCCAGAACCUGGAGGAAACAGACCCAUCCUCAAACAGAGAAAUGGCUCCCAGGGACUGAACCGGGGCAUUCAGUGUUUGAGGAGUCAGCGUGCUCUCCUGAUGCAUAUUGGCUUUUUAGCCUCUGUCUGCGCCAAUAUCAUCCUCACUGUGCUGUUGAUUGGCAGGCAUGUAGCAGGUGUUCCCCUGAACUCUGUAGCAUCUGUGGGUUUGAAGCUGAACUCUGUACAGAGAUGUUACAUCCUGCUGUGUGAGGAGGACGACACCGCCCUGGGACAGAGCUGCUAAGAGACAGUCGGGUGGUGUAAGGAGUGUCCAGGGGGAUGGCUCUAUGUUGGGGAUCAGUGUUUCUACUUCAGCAGGGACAAGGUGGAUUGGCUGAAAAGCAGAGACAGCUGUGCAGAGACGGGAGACCAUCUUACCAUACUGCACACAGUGCAGCAGCAUGAGAGUUCGUGUAUAUAUUGGGAUCGUCAAAGCUCAGAGCCAGUUAACCACCAGUCACUAGGAGAAAGUGAAGAGGACUGUGCCACCUCAAACAUUGAUUCAAAGACAUGGUUAGAUGUCCCUUGUGAUCAUAUAUACAUGUUAAACAUCUGCCAGAUGGAGGCCAUUCAGUUUAUUUGA